AUGCAUCCAACUUGGUCACCACCAAAAGACUACCGCAACCGCCCUGUUGCAGUGCUAGGGGCUGGCGUGCUUGGGAGACGCAUUGGUUGUAUUUGGGCAUCAGCAGGAUACGAUGUGCGCCUGCGUGACCCCAGUGCCGAGCAGCUCUCUGCCGGUAUUGCGUACAUCGAGGAGAAUGUGUCCGCAUACGCCGCCAAGACAGGAUGCUCACCUGGCAAGGCCUACGCUUUCACGACACUCGAGGAAGCGGUAGCAAAUGCAUGGCUGAUUAUCGAGGCCGUUCCUGAGAAGCUUCCCUUGAAGAUCGAAACCUUCGCUGAGCUGGAGACUCUCGCACCAAAUGACUGCAUCCUUGCUUCGAACUCCUCGUCGUACAAGACAUCUGAGAUGCUGGAGAAGGUUAGAUCAGAGGCCGUGAAGUCGCGGAUUCUGAAUAUGCACUAUUACAUGCCGCCGCAGUGUAUGAUUGUCGAGCUGAUGUCUGACGGAUUCACUUAUGAUGGUAUCUUCCCAUUCAUGGUAGAGAGAUGCCGCGAGAGCGGGACAGAGCCUUAUGUCGUUAGGACGCAGUCAACGGGAUUCAUCUUCAACCGGCUCUGGGCGGCUGUCAAGCGCGAAGUCCUGACUAUCCUUGCUGAGGGGGUUUCUGUGCCGGAGGAGAUCGAUGCAAUGUGGAAGACGAUGUUUAUCACCGGCGAAGUAUUGCCGUGCCAAAUGAUGGAUUUGAUUGGCCUCGACACUGUUGCCUUCAUCGAACAGCACUACAUCAAGGAGCGAGGUCUCUCGAGCGAAAAGACAGUUGACUACCUGACGCAGAACUACCUCGACAAGGGAAAACUGGGCACCAAAUGCGCUCAGGGCGGGCUGUACCCUCCAGCCUCCUCGGAGAAGACCGAGCAACCCCGUCUACUUGUCCUCGAUGUCGGCCUUGCCUCGGCGACAGCCACCACCUCCAUUGGAACUCCAGCGGGAGAGGUUCUAUCGUUGACAGCGGACGGAAAACAGCACAAGCUGCAAACAGUGGUACCGAGCCAGCUCCUACCAGACGGUAUCACCGUCGACCGUGCCUCGAAUCGCAUCUUUUGGACAAACAUGGGCAUUCCUGGUCGACUCGAUGGGUCCGUCUGCUCUUCGAACAUGGACGGAAGCGACGUUCGGACACUCAUCACCCCUGGAGGCCCCAUAAACACACCCAAGCAGAUCGCAAUCGACGAGAAGGCGCAACAUCUGUAUUUCUGCGAUCGUGAAGGGUGUGCAGUGUACCGCUGUAACUUUGAUGGGUCAGAUCUCGAGAAAUUAGUCUCCCGGAAGUCAGACAAGGAGGGCGCGAGCGACGUGCAAGACUGGUGUGUUGGAAUCGCCGUUUCUUGCCGUUACAACAGGUUCUAUUGGACGCAGAAGGGAGCGCCCAAGAGCGGGAAGGGCCGGAUCUUCACCGCUGCCAUUGGCGCUCCUCCUGGUUCCAUCGCCGCGGGAGGCAACGAGGAGGAGUUGUGUAUCUUGAGUGGGUUGCCUGAGCCAAUUGACCUGGAGGUCGAUGAAGAGAUGGGUGUGUUAUAUUGGACUGAUCGAGGCGAGUUACCUUAUGGAAAUGCCCUGUACCGAGUCGAUUUGGACACAGAGGGACGGCCGGUGGGAAAGCCUGAAAUCGUGAUUCGGGGGCUCCAUGAAGCAAUUGGAGUGAGCCUUGACAGGAAAUCGGGAGAUAUUUACCUCACAGACCUUGGAGGCUCUAUUUACCGGUGUAACCGUGAUGGGAAGAAGGAAGUGUUGUAUCGAGAAGAUGGACGAGCAUUCACGGGCGUGUUGUGCCUCCAAUAG